AUGGGAGGUAGGCAAUCCUUCCCUGUGGUUCCCUUCCCACGGGAGCGUGUGGUCAUCAUUACAGGAGGAAACAAAGGUAUCGGCUACCAGACGGCAAAGUGGAUCGCUAUGAUGGGGGCAACUGUCAUUCUCGCUUGUCGUUCCGAGAACAAAGCUUUUCAGGCUAUCGAGGAUAUGAAUCGGGAGUUUCUGGAAGAAAAACAGAAAGGGACGCUUGGUUUAGCCCAGUAUGACGAGCUGAGUGUUGAGUUCAUGAAGCUUGAUUGCGCUUCCCUCAAAUCUGUACGAGAAUUUAUCGACGAAUUCAAAGCGACUGGCAGAAAGCUCCAUGUGCUUAUUUGCAAUGCAGGGAUCAACACCGUUGAAAAGACUUUAACGGAAGACGGCAACGAACUGCUUUUUCAGGUAAACUACUUGAGUCAUUUCCUCAUGACAGUUAGUCUGCUUCCUGUGAUGAAAUCUUCAGGAUCGGAUUGCCGGAUUGUGUUGUUGUCUAGUCUUUGGUACAAGUCUGGAAGAUUUGAAUUAAACAAGAUAAAUGCAGAAGAUGAAACUAUGGCCACGUAUGAUAGUGACCACUAUUACCAGAAGAGUAAAUUAUAUAUGAUAAUGAUGAUGUAUAAGAUGAACAGGAUUCUGCUACAGUCAGAUAUAACAGUCACGUGUGUUCAUCCUGGCAUCGUACGAACUAAUAUGAUGGAUGAGUUUCAGGAAAAGGCAUCAUGUAUGUACAGGGGAGCCGUAGGCUGUAUAAAUUGUCUAGGAUUAUCAAAGUCUGUAGAGCAGGGAUCAUGGACUUCAGUCAAUGCAGUAGUAAAUCCAGAAUUGACCGGAGUCCGAGAUGUUUAUUUCAACAAUUCAAAGCCAGAGACCAUCAAACCGCAUGCCAAAGUUCUGGAUGAGCAGGAAACGUUGUGGCAGUUUUCAUUGGACCGAGUGAAAAACCACCUUCCAGAUGAUAUCUUGGAGGAGUUAAAAAAUACAUAA